AAUCAGAAAUUAAAAUUAGAAACUUGAGAUUGUUGGGUAGGAAAAUUUUCAUGAAUUUGUCGUUACCAAGAACCAAGAAUCUCCUGACAAGACCUGCCAGCAAAAAAACUUAAACCAUGAAAAAUAAAAUAGAAGUGGUCAAACUACAGGAAUCGACUGAUCAAGGAAUGGCACUGGCACCAGCGCCGGGACUGUCAGUCUCACCUCAGCUCUAUGCCUCUUGCAUCAAUCAGCUAACAACAAUGAACUCCAAAAAAAGGCAUAAUGGCAUCGCAUUCCGAUUCCCAGAUUCUCUCUAUCACGCUCCACCAGCUAAAAAAACGAAGGACAAGGUUCCCUUGUAUGGUUUCUCUUAUUACUUACCUGUCUCCCAUAAUCUAUCCCAUUUUCAGGUAACUCCUCUCUUGCAUUUCUCGAUUCUAAUGGGAAUUUCAAAAUCGGAUUCAACUGCUCUUGGGAUACCUGGAGAUGGGAGGUGUUUGUUUCGGUCUGUGGUUCACGGAGCUUGUCUCAGGUCAGGGAAACCAUCUCCAACUGAGAGCCUUGAAAAAGAACUUGCAGAUGAGCUACGAUCCAAAGUAGCAGAUGAAUUUAUUAAGAGGCGCGGGGACACUGAAUGGUUUCUUGAAGAUGAUUUCGACACCUAUGUCAGACAGAUGAGACAACCUCAUGUCUGGGGAGGGGAGCCUGAGCUGCUUAUGGCCUCACAUGUCUUAAAGGUGCCAAUCACAGUAUAUAUGCGGGACAGAAAUUCUGGUGGCCUCAAAAUUAUAGCUGAAUAUGGUCAAGAGUAUGGCAGGGAAAAUCCCAUCUGCGUAUUGUACCAUGGGUAUGGACACUACGAUGCAUUGCGGAGGAAGAUUGCUGGUUCACAAUCCAAGCAGUUUCUGAGGUGGAUAUCUGGAGGUCUCAUACACCAAGGCUACAAAGCUGAGGGGGAAAAGAUGUUGAUUGUUUGAGUGCAUUAAUAAUCUAAAUUAGAAGACGGACUCGUGGAGUUUGGCUGGGCUGAGACCUUUGCUGAUUAGUGGCUUAGUAUCAACGUGACAUACAAUGCUUAGUGAAAGUCAGACAAAGUUCCUGUGAAACCUAGAUGAUAUGCAGUUCCAGGGUCCCAUUAACUAAUUUGAUAGCUGAUCUUUCGCCCUCUCGUGAGUUGUGAUCCAAUACGUAGAUGUCAGUAAAAUGGACGUAUAUUUGACAGAUGUUCUGCAUUGCUAGCUAAUUGCUGGAAAUAAGUUACUCUGGUUGUGUGCAGAUUAUUCUACUCUUGGUUAAUGGAACUAUUUCUUUGGUUUCUUGGCAGGUGCAAGAAAAGAUGAACCAAAUUGUUUCCUUGUUAACAUUGCUGAAAUGUAAUCCUUUGUGUAAUAAGAUUCCUGGAUUUGUAUCUGAAGAUACUGACUUAUUCCUUCAUGGAUUUGAAUGAUUCGAUUCUAUACAAAAAUGUAUUAGAUGGAUGUCAACAAACAAA